AAACCCCUCCGGGGGUUUUCUUCCACAUUUCUCUUCACUUUCUCUAUUGAUUGCCGGCCUUCUGCCGGAAAUCCGGCCAAGUCUCGCCGGAAAUCCUCCGAUCUGUCCGGAAUUUCCAGAUCCGAUCUCUGGAUCGCUGAAAUUCUCCAUUUCCGGCGACUUUCUGCAAAAUCGCCUCAUUUUCUUAUCAAUUCCAGACCUUGAUCCUCAAUCCAUCGAAAAUGAGAGAAAUCCUCCACGUCCAAGGCGGCCAGUGCGGCAACCAGAUCGGAUCGAAGUUCUGGGAAGUGGUCUGCGACGAGCAUGGAAUCGAUCCGACGGGUCGCUACACUGGGACCUCCGAUCUGCAGCUGGAGCGCGUCAAUGUCUACUACAACGAGGCUUCCUGUGGCCGGUUCGUGCCGCGGGCCGUGCUCAUGGAUCUUGAGCCCGGGACCAUGGACAGUGUGCGGACGGGGCCGUAUGGCCAGAUCUUCCGGCCCGACAACUUCGUUUUCGGGCAGUCGGGGGCCGGGAAUAACUGGGCGAAAGGGCACUACACUGAGGGAGCGGAGCUCAUCGAUUCGGUGCUCGAUGUAGUGAGAAAGGAGGCCGAGAACUGUGAUUGCCUGCAAGGAUUUCAGGUCUGCCACUCGCUUGGUGGAGGAACUGGCUCUGGGAUGGGAACCUUGCUGAUAUCGAAGAUCAGGGAAGAAUACCCUGAUCGGAUGAUGCUCACCUUCUCUGUAUUUCCAUCGCCUAAGGUCUCGGACACUGUGGUUGAACCAUACAAUGCUACUCUCUCCGUUCACCAGCUGGUGGAAAAUGCAGAUGAGUGCAUGGUGCUGGAUAACGAGGCCCUUUAUGACAUUUGCUUCAGAACUCUCAAGCUAACUACUCCAAGCUUUGGUGAUCUUAAUCACUUGAUCUCAGCGACCAUGAGUGGGGUGACCUGCUGCCUGAGGUUCCCUGGCCAGUUGAACUCUGAUCUCAGGAAGCUUGCUGUCAACCUCAUCCCCUUCCCCCGCCUCCACUUCUUCAUGGUUGGUUUCGCCCCACUGACCUCCCGCGGCUCGCAGCAGUACCGUGCCCUGACGGUCCCUGAGCUGACCCAACAGAUGUGGGAUGCAAAGAACAUGAUGUGUGCGGCUGACCCCCGCCACGGCCGCUACCUGACUGCUUCCGCGAUGUUCCGAGGGAAGAUGAGCACUAAGGAAGUGGACGAGCAGAUGAUCAACGUCCAGAAUAAGAACUCGUCCUACUUUGUCGAGUGGAUCCCCAACAACGUGAAGUCAAGUGUGUGUGACAUUCCCCCAAGGGGGCUGUCCAUGGCGUCGACCUUCAUUGGGAACUCAACGUCGAUCCAGGAGAUGUUCAGGAGAGUGUCCGAGCAGUUCACUGCCAUGUUCAGGCGGAAGGCUUUCUUGCACUGGUAUACUGGGGAGGGAAUGGAUGAGAUGGAGUUCACUGAGGCGGAGAGCAACAUGAACGAUCUGGUCUCUGAGUACCAGCAGUACCAGGACGCAACAGCUGAUGAGGAGGGUGAUUAUGAGGACGAGGAGGAGGAAGCUGUUCAGGAAUAGUGAGGUAGACCUUGAUGGACGGACAAGGACAAGCAGUUGCUUUCUAUGGUAUAUGGUAUAUGGUAUUUUUCUUAUUCUCCAUAAUGAGAACGUUUUCGGGUUGUGGGGGUAGGAUGAUAAUAUACCGUUUGUUCUUUCUCCUGUUUUCUUCUCAUCCAUGGAGAGGGGGGAUGGUAGAUAGGUGGGGUAGAUGUUGUUGUUGGCUUUUACCUUGUUUGGAUUUAUAUAUUUUGCCUUUUGUUGAUGUCUGCUAAAAUGGCUACUAGGCUUUCUACUAGUUUGCAUUAUUAGCUCUUUAAUGUAUGCACGUUGCAUCCAUUGUCUAUUCUCUCUAGUUUUUGUGCCG